AUGCCGAAAGAGAAAAAAACAAACAAAUACGUACAAAAGUACGUGAAGAGUUGGGAAAAAGAUCCAGCUUGCGUUGGGUGGCUGCAGCCAAUUGUUGGCGACGAAACAAAAGCUUUCUGCUCGCAUUGUAAGGUCACUUUAGUCGCACACAAGAAGAGUUUGCAGGAACAUGCCACAUCGAAGAAACACCUGCAGUCUGCCAACAAGGAACGUGAGAUUGUCAAUUUACCAAAAAUUGAUCGAUUCGCAAAAGUGACUCUCACAGAGAAACGAAAAAUUGCCGAGCUCAAAAUCGCGACGUACGUGGCGGAGCAUUGUUCGAUAAAAAGCGUCGAUCAUCUGUCGAUGGUGAUUAAAGGUCUCGACGAAGACUCGACAGUUUUGCAGGACAUUAAGCUUCACCGCACCAAGUGCUCAGCUUUGGUAAAAAACAUUCUGUCGCCAUGCAUUUUGCAAGAGCUACUCGAAGACGUUUGCGACAGUCACUUUUCGCUUAUUAUUGACGAAUCGACGACAGUGGAUACCAAAAAGGUUCUCUGUAUUAUGAUCCGGUAUUUCAGCAAAACAAAAAAAAAAAUCGUAACAACGUUUUAUAGAUUAAUUGAGAUGGAAGCCGGAACAUCGGAUGCUAUUUCACACGCAGUGCUGAAUCAAUUAAAGAUCGAUGGCCUUCAGCCAACAAAGUUAAUCGGUCUUGGAGUCGACGGUGCAAGCGUAAAUGUCGGAAGACACCAUUCGGUGUCAACGUUAUUACGCGAGGCUGUUGAAACAAUAUUGGAGCAAUGGGAUACGUUGAAACUUCAUUUCCAAAUCACUGAAAGUAACGACGAGCGCUGUUAUAUAGCGUCUCAAUUGCACGCAAUGUACGCCACACCCGAAAACAAGCUAUUUCUAACAUUUCUCGCCAAUAGCCUGAAAGGUGUUGUAGGACUGAAUAAGUUGUUUCAGUCUCAGAACGUUGAUCCCGUCAAACCUUUCGAAGACCUUAACAAUCUGAUGUACAGUCACCUGCAAACCAUCGUUGUACCAUCUCAACUUCAGAAAGUAUCGCGCUAUGAACUCGGGACCUUUGAUUUUCUUCAACACUUAGGCCCCUUGCGCACUAGCGUCAUGAACUUCGACACAGAGAAAUUCAUUGUUGAAAUUCAACAACGAGAAUCAAUUUGGAAUUGUCAAGGAGCAAUAUAUAGGAAUAGAGAUUUAAAACGGAAACAAUGGGAAGAAUUAGUAGACAUUUUUGGAAAAGAUGAGAUGACAACAGAGGAAAAAAGAAGUCUUGGAAAUGAAUUACAAAAAAAAUGGAAAAACAUCAGGGAUAAUUUUGUGAAAGCUCUAAAGGACAAUGUUAGCAGGAGUGGGUCAGCAGCUAAGAAAAAGACUCAAUACAUAUUUUACAAUAAUUUAAUGUUUUUGAAAGACACAGUAUCAAUAAAUAAAACUGAUUCAAAUAUGCCAAGGCAAGAAAAUGAUGGAAAUGAAACAGAAAAUGUCACUGACCCAGUCAUACCACCACCGCCAAAACGAAAUAAAAAGAAAAAAAAAGAAGAUGAUAUAGGAGUUGAAUUGAUUAACGUCUUAAAUAAGAAUGUCGAGUUCAGAAAGGCCGAAGAAGAUGAAGAUAGACUGUUCUUUUUGUCGUUGGUUAGUGAAAUAAAAAAAGUGCCUGAACAUAUACGCCUACGUACAAAAGCUAAAAUAAUGCAAGUCAUUACUGAAGCCCAAACGUCUGGAUACAACUCUACUUGGGAUUACGUGCGACCAUUUACCUACAACCAAGGGCCACAUCAAGGAUAUCAGACACCAUCAUUUGCUAGAAAUUAUAUCCCACCACCACCACCACCGCCCUCAGUUUCACCUACACAUCGUGGAACAUGGAAUGAAGGAGAAUCUGUAACUUCUCCUGAAUCAACAUAUUCACAGAAUACACAUAUGUCUCAUGAAUCUGAUUAUUUAGAUCUUUUUAAUGAUAAUAAUUCUCAGUAAUAGUUAUAGUUUCCUACUUUUAUUGUUCUUUGUGGUUAUGAAUACACAUUGCGAUUCAAAUUAAAACAUAAUAGCUAGCAAAAACAUUUUUUAUUUAAAAUACAUACCUUAACGUUAUAACUAAUUUCUCUUCGGGUUGGAUACAGUCACGAAAUUUAGUAUCUUGUCCUUUGAUGGUGACAUAUAAAACUGUUAGUAAUUCUUCAAAUGACGAAACACUCAUUCUAACAUAGCCAAAGAAUUUAUCUUGGUGCUUCUUCAGUUCUUGAAAACAACUUGCGAACUGGCCAAAUUCAUUACGUGUUUCUAGUAAAGGAUGAAUCCAGUAUCUUUUUUUAUUUUUCUUUCGUUGUUUUCGGGAAUAAUAAUAAAUAACACAAGCUAUCUCGACGGCGUCCAUUUUGUUUAUGAGGUACGCGGGCCGCUCUGGUCCAACCGCUUAACGCGUUAUCAUCGCGGUUUUUUCGCGAUUGGCCGCCAUAGCGGUCAGCCGCGAUGAAACCGCGUUAAGCGGUUGGACCGCUCAAACGAACCGCCUAGGCGGUCAAUCGCUAGUGCGUAUAAGCCCUUAAUGAGCUUGCAAUGUGUAAAUUUCGGAUACGAUUUCAACAGUCUUGCUUCGAGCAUCAAGCCUGAAACGCUGGUCAAUAUUAAAGAAAGAUGCAGGAAUUUUUUAAUCACAUUGUGCCAACAAUUGCAAAAAAGAUUGCCCGAGAAUAUAAAAAUUCUCGAAAAACUGUCGACUUUUUCGCCGAACGUAGCUUCAUCUCAAGUUAAAGUCGAUAUCACUGAGAUAGCAACCAAGCUUAAAGCCAGUGUGUGCACUGACAUCGACAGUACUGUGAAGGAAUGGAAUCUUCUUCACACUGCCAAAGUUUUGAACCUCCAAAAUACCGAAGAUUAUUGGGCCGAGAUUUUCGACAUUAAAAAUGCUGGCGGACAAAAACGGUUCGGUAAUAUUGCGCAGCUCGUACUUGCUCUGUUGUGCUUACCGUUUUCGAACGCUUCGGUCGAACGAGCUUUUUCAAUAUUAAAUAUUGUUAAAGACAAACUGCGCAACAGAAUGUCAAUUGCAAUGGUAGAGGCAAUAAUGCACGUCCGACUCACGCUUGGAGUCGAUUGCCGCGAUUUCAAGCCUACGGUCAGUGCCGUAACUAAGGCGGUGCCAGCAGUGCCCAGGCACAGGGCGCAGACCCUGGAGGGGCGCAGAAAUGACCAGACUAGUAUCUACUUUUAUCUCAUGCAUGGUAGCUAGUAGGUACAUUUUGUUUUAUUGCGAACAUGGUGUAGACGCGCCCUACUGUACUAUCUAUAGUUAUAUUUAAAUCGCAUUUUCAAGCGAUCUUGAAACAACAACACAUGUAAAGGUGGAUUAUCGGUUUUAUACAUUUAGUAUGGUAACGUUCACACUACUGCUUAACGUGUUGUGAUGGUUUAUGUAUGGAACCGAUACAGUUCUGACGCGUCAGUCGUCACGUCACGAUACAUCAGACAAAUGUAUAUCCACCUUAAGUCUUGCUGGCAAUAUGACAUACAUAAACAAAAGUACCUACAUAAACCGUUAUUUUCAAUGAUAUCUCACAACAAAAAAAUCUCCAAUAAAAAAUAUUUUUAUUUUUUAUAAAAAUAAAACAAAAAGUAAAACACAUGACAGAGCUAAACUAAAAAUUACUAAAUAGUUACUAUGUAAACUUGUCCUUUUAAGAACGCAUCCAAUAUUCAUUAAUAUCUGAACGCAUCGAUCAUGCCGCGCCGCGCCGCCGUCCCAAUGUUCGGGGAUUCCCCGAUACAUCGCUAAUACGCAUUCAAUUGGCCGACCGGAGGUUAUAGUUAUUGAUUGUUUUGUCAACUAUUGUCAUUAUUCGUAUAAAAUGACAUUAAUUUAAAGUAAAAUUGUGUGUGAGAGUGAAUAAGGUUAUUGUUGAUUUGUUGUUCGUUGAUAAACUCGUUUGGGUAAGUUAGAAAAUUGUAUUUAAAGAUUUAAGGUCCAUCAGGCAAAGUGAAGUCAAGUACUAAUGAGGAAUUUUCAGAUAGAAAAUUAAAAAAAGAGAAUAUAAGAUCUUAUAGAGAUGGUGCCCUAUGCGUGUGGUAUGUCAAAAAUAAAGAUUUAUUGAUUGAACGACAUAUAAAUAUUACUUUUUCGGCUUUUACGUAAAGAAAGCGUAUAUUUGCUUUUGACAUACAUGUCACCUUUUGAUCAAUCCUUGAACGAUAGUUUUUAUUUUUUAAUUUGCUGUCUGAAAAUCCCUCAAUAAUAAACAAUAAAAAAAAAUAACGAAAAAAUGGCUAGUAAGAUAGCCGAAACACGAAGUUUUCCGAACUACAUAUACAGGAUGUAAGUGACAGCGUUGCGAAAACUUUAACCAUAGCUUCAGACCAUCAUCCUAAAUAUCGUACAGCAAGAACGUUUGUCGGAAAUAAAAAAAAAAAAAUUGACUUCUCGUACAAAAUCAGCGACCAAUUUGAAUAUUUUGUAUGAGAGGUCGGUUCUUGCUGUAGGUUGUUAAGGAUGACGGUCUAAAGCCUUGGUUAUAGUUUUCACUAGGGUGUCACUUACACCCUGUAUUAUAUACUUAUCAGACUAGGCGUGAUUCGCGAUUCUUUUUUCAGAAAUAUUACCUGUCGGUUACCGUAAGCUAAGGACUCACGCUAUAACAAACAACAUGUCACAAAAACGUCCAUCUGGUUCUGAAUUUCGUAAGAGAAAACGCGUUAGAGAGAUGGAAGCAAAAAAAAUGGAAAAUACCUUACGAAAGUGGACAGUCACACAACAAGAAAACAGUCAGGAAGAUGUGUCCAAUGAUGACGUUUUGGCCCUCACUGGUAUGUCUGGAACUAAAUCUGGAAACAAUUUAAAGAUAAUAUAUAAAGAAAAAGAAGACAACCCAGUCAACCCAUCCCAGCAAGACUUGACCUUACCCAUCACCUCCAGUCCAAGUUCUGAAAUUCAAAUUGAAAAAGCAGCUGCUACUGAUAAGAUCCAGUUAGACAUAAACGAUCCUGUUUCAUGGUUACCAUUAACUGAUCACAUUCGUUGUUUCCUUGUCGAGAAAGGUCCUGAUCAAGGAAAAGUAAGUCAAAAUAUUUCUUCAACUGAAGACGCAGGACGAAAAUUUAAUAUACAUUGGUUUACAAAAAAAAUGAGCAAUGGCGAGAUGGUACCCAGGUCUUGGUUGAUUUACAGUAAAAAAAGAGAUGCAAUAUUUUGUUUCCCAUGUAUACUUUUCGGUUCUUCCUCGACUAAGCAAAUAAUGCCGGCCCUGGCUGAUGCACAAAAAGGAUUUAAUGAUUGGCGUCAUUUAAGUCCACGUAUUCCUGAGCACGAAAACUCUACAUUUCAUAGAGAAAAUUGUAUUAAGUGGAAAAUGCUUGAACAGAAAAUAAAACGUAAGACCACAAUAGAUGCAUCCUUACAAAAGGCUAUUGAUCAAGAAACAAAUAAGUGGAGACAUAUUUUAAAAGUGUGUACCAACAUACUUUUGUUUUGCGCGGAAAAUAAUUUACCGCUCAGAGGCUCUCAUGAGCGUAUUGGAGAAUCAGGAUCUGGAGUUUUCUUAAGUGCCGUCGAUAUGAUUUCAAAAUUCGACCCUGAACUUAGAGCGCAUAUUGAAUCGCUUCAUAAAGGAAAUAUUUCAUAUUUUACGCCUUAUAUUCAAAACGAGCUUAUAGAUAUUCUUGCCUCUGAGGUCAAAAAACAAAUUUUAGACGAUGUUCGUGCGGCAAAAUACUUUUCCAUACUUUUUGAUUGUACGCCAGACGUAUCGCAUAAAGAACAGAUGUCACAAAUAUUGAGAUUCGUAAAAGUAUCCGAGCAGAAAGUUACAAUCGAAGAACGGUUCAUAGAUUUCAUCCAGUCUCAUGAAAAAACGGGCGAGGGAUUGUCGAAAGAGAUUUUAGAGAAAUUAGAAGUUGAUGGAUUGAAUAUUCAAGAUCUUCGUGGCCAAGGCUACGACAAUGGUAGUAAUAUGGCCGGUAAAUAUAACGGAGUCCAAGCCAAAAUAAAACAAAUUAAUGAAAAUGCUGAUUAUGUGCCGUGUGCAGCGCAUUCUUUGAAUUUAUCUGGCGUACACGCUGCUAGUGUCACACCUGACAUGAUCACAUUUUUUGGAUUAAUCCAGAAAAUAUUUGUGUUUUUUUCGAGUUCAACGGUCAGAUGGGAAACUUUAAUGAAAUACUUAAAUAUUUCUUUGAAAAAACACGCCGACACUAGAUGGGCCUCUAAAGCUAGGGCUGUCAAAGCUUUGAACUCGCAAAUACCCCAAAUCUGGUGUGUGCUAAAGAUUCAAACUACCAAUGAUUACAAUGCUGAAACAAUUUCUACAGCUAAAAGCAUAAUGGACCAAAUUAAUUAUAAAUUCAUAUGUACUCUCCAAAUUUGGGAUAAAAUUUUGGAAUCUGUUGACAAAGUGAAUGUAGCUCUACAGUCUAAAACUAUGACUAUCGACAAAGCUUCUGAAUUAAUAAAGGGAUUAACAAACCAGAUACAAAAUAUUCGCGAGACUAUAGACAUUGUUUUCGAAAAGGCAAAAAAGAUUUGUGAACAAUGUGGCAUUGAAGACAAUUUUCCUGAAAAGCGACGAAAGCGAGUAAAAAGACACGAUUUAAUUGAAAGUUCAGACUCCGGCUACGACAUUACUCAGCAACAAAGUUUCAAAAUUCAGAUAAAUGAAGCAAUAGAUACAAUCAUUUCUGAAUUAAAAUGGCGAUUCGAAAAACUACGCGACAUACAUAACUCUUUCGGUUUUUUGACCUUAAAACACAUUACUACAUAUUCGGUUGAAGAACUAAAAAAAUAUGCAGCUGAUUUGAGCAUCAAAUAUUCUGCAGAUAUAAAUGCGACAGAAUUUUGGUCCGAAAUAGAAACUUUGAAGAGUCAAGUUGAAGCGACUACAUUAUUUGAUAAUUGUGAAUGUCAGUCAAGUAUGGGUCUUCUCAAAGCUAUAGUGGAACUGGAUUUAAAGGAAAUGUUUCCCAAUAUAGUAGUCGUUUUAAAGAUAUUUUUAACGAUGCCAGUGACUGUAGCUUCUUGCGAGAGAUCGUUCAGUAAGCUCAAAUUAAUAAAAACGUAUCUGCGCUCGACGAUGGGUCAAGAAAGAUUGUCUGGCCUAGCAAUUUUGUCGAUUGAACGCGACAUAGCACGGCUCCUGUCAUAUGAAAAUGUAAUAAAGGACUUCGCAAUGAGAAAAGCGAGGAAAGUAAAUCUUUAAGUAAUCUUAAAGUAAGUACUCAUUUCUGUAUUUGAGCAACUAUUUUUGAAUAAACAAUUUUUAUCUUAAAGAAAUAUACUAAGUAGGUACUUACAUACUUUGGUUAACAAUAAAUAGAUAGAUUUAUUUGUAUGCACAUUUGUCAAUUUUAUUUUCAGAGCCUGGUUAGAGCAUUUUUCAGGGGCGCAGUUUUGAAAGCUCGCACUGGGUGCAUAAAAGGCUAGUUACGGCACUGCCUACGGUUCUCAUGCUCAAACGUUUCACUUCUGAAAAUGUUUAUAACAACAUCAAUGAUAGUGACCUCGAAGUCCUUAAUGUUUUCCCCAGUGAUGAAUUUUGAUACGAAUCAGUAUCUUCAUCGCAAACAGUCAUUAAAAGUCGAGAGCAUCCAUGACUAAUUGAUAUUCUUCUCUAUGUAUUUUUUUUUCCACUUAUGAUACGAAUAUAUGUGAUAAUUUCUAUAAAAAUGUUAUUUUGAAAAAAUAAAACUAAUAUUCUCCGUUAAAUAUAUUUUUAAUUCAUUUUAUUUUACUCGUUAUUAUGUAUAAUUCUAUUUCAAGGCGUAUGUUUCGGGAUUUAGAAUUAUAUAUUUUCGUGAUUUGAAUUUCGUGCUUCAGAAAGUAGGCGAGCAGGCGAGUGGGGGCAUUCAGGGGAUUUUUGGGGGGAAACUGAGCGACGCUAGGGGGAAGGCACGGAGACCGUCUGGCAACACUGGUUGAUAAGCUUAGAAGAGUGGGAGGGGUGGCGCACACGCAACGCUCCCCGCAGCCCCUGCCGCACCCCGCCCGCUUCGAUUAGUCUGCCUCAUGCUUUACACUCGUGUUUAGGCGGUUGGUUUGUGAGCUCGUGCCGUGAUUUUGUGUUUUUAUUAACGACGACCCGAUACUGUUUUACUGUGACCUGAUCCUGCUUUUCACCUGAUUGACCUUGGCUCGAAUACACUGACUACGAUUUGCUUGCUGGAUAUCAAAGUUUACCAAUCGGUAAGUACUUAAAUUGUUACUCACUAAGUUCAAAUCAUUGCGUACUACAUUGUUAUUGUAUUGAAUUUACCUAUUUCUUAUUAUUCCAUAAUAUAUACUAUUUAAUUUAAAACUGAUUUUAAUAUUUAAAGAAGUGUGACUAACCAAAUGCGGUAACAAUGUACUUGCAUAUUUUUUUUUUAACCAAUGCGUCUAAAUAUUGGGAGCUAUGUAAAAGAAAUAUUAAAUUAGUCCUUAAACUCUUUGAAACAUAUCCCUCGAUCGCAGGAAGAUCGUACUUCCUCUUAACAAGCGCAUGUGAAUAUGACGUCAUGCGCUAUGUUCUUGAAUUGGGCACGUGGUAAUUUUAUAACAACCUUAAUUAAUAGUUAUUUAUUGUUGUUAAUGUCAGGAUAAUAACCAUAGAGAAUUUUUAGAUAGAAACGCACAUUAUUUAAUAUAUUUCUCAGAUUGAAACUUGAUGGGUCUUACUUUUUACGUAUUUGUUAUUUUUCUGGAUCCGCGUUCACAUUUACGGCUCCCGGCCGCCAUUUUGUUUUAGUCUCUCUUAGUACUUCAAACUCACAGUGCCCGCCACGGAUCUUUGUGUUUGUGAAGUAAGCAGCAAAUAAAUGCGCAAUGAAUCAAUAACGGUACAAAUGGCGCUGGCGGGGAGCCGGCUAGAUACGGCCGCGCAGCGCAUACUCAUUCCGCAGCUAACUUCACAAUCAAAGAUCCGUGGCGAGCACUGUAUGUAUUUGAAAAAUAAUGCAAGGUAUCUGAAAGAAAGCCUGUGAGAUUUAGCAUUACAGUCCUAAACCUACUUUAUAAUAUGAUUAUAUAUCGUCAAACUAUCUUGUUGCAGGACAAUAUGGUGAGACCUAAGAAUGAAAGAAUUUGGAAACAUUUUAGAGAAACUGAAAACAAAUCUGCUACAUGCAGGUAUUGUGAGCAAAAAUACAAAGUGGCCACUUUGCAAAAAAUGGCUAGGCAUCUACAGAAAUGUCCACAGUGUCCUAUAAACUACAAAGAAGAAUUGAGGAACAGCUCUAUUUCGAACGAAGAAGUAUCUGAUCAAGCGAUUUUGCAAUCACAAAAUAAGGAAAAUCGGAUGCCUGAAUCUCAACCUAGUUUUUCAUCUGACAAUAGUGGGUCAUCAUUGGGUCAGCCACCAAGUUUGAACAAAGACCAGCUACAUUCAUUACUAGCUAAAGCAAUUUAUGUCUCAGGAACACCACUUUCAAUUGUCGAACACCCGCUAUGGAUAAGUUUUUUCAAUGCUCUUCAGCCGCUAUAUAAGUUGCCUACUAGAAAAGCUACUUCUACCUCAAUUUUGGAUAAAACUUAUAACGAAAUGCAUCGUGAAUUAAAAGAAAAUAUUAAAUCACAACCAUGUCUGCACUUAAUUUUGGAUGGUUGGUCAAAUUGCAGAAAUGAAGGUAUUAUAAAUUUGUUAAUUGCAAAACCAGAACCAGUUUUUGUGAAAAGCAUUGCAACAGCUGAAAAUCGACACACCAGUAAUUAUAUAUGUGAAAUAAUUUUAAAAGUGUUAUCAGAAUAUGGAGUAAACAAAUUUCUCACAUUAAUUGGAGACAACGCAAGUAAUAUGCAGAAAGCGUUUCGACUUGUUAAAGAUAUUCAUCCACAUGUAACUUAUCUCAACUGCGCAGCUCAUACUUUACACUUGCUCUGCAAAAGUAUAACAAAAAUUGAAGUCAUAAAUGCUUGCAAAAAUAUGACAGUGAAUAUGGUAAAAACUAUAAAACGAAGUCAAGUUUUGACAUCGUUAUUAGCGCAAAUAGUAAAAGAAAAAAAAUACGGUGAAUCUUUAAAGUUACCAUGCGAUACUCGAUGGGGUAGUUAUCAUGCAUGUUUCAAAAGUGUAGAAAACACAAAAGUUGCUUUGCAGACUUUAGCUGUACAUGAAAGAGCUAUACUUCUACCCUCGGAAGAAAAAUCUUCAUUAUUAGAUGAAAACUUUUGGAAGAUUGUUCAGCAAUGUAAACUAAUUUUAGAACCAAUGUCGGACGCAAUAUUUCAGCUGGAAGGAAAUGAAAAUAAUAUACAAAAAGUGUUUUUGAAAUUGAAAGACAUGAAGUCAAAGUUACUCUUCAGUUUACCAGACAUAACAAUAAUAGAAAAUAAAGAUGAAAUUUUAAAGAAUGUCGACGAAAGAAUAAAAAUGUGCCUUAAGCCUAUCCAUUUUGCGGCUUACUUAUUAGACCCUCUACAUCAGGGAUCUGAACUUGAUGAAAAUCAAGAACUCGAUGCCAUGGAAUUCAUUUGUGAAGUGGGACAAUCCAUCGGCUUAAAUGUAAAAGAAAACCUGGCCUCUUACCGAGCAAGAGAUGGUUUUUGGAGGCGAGCAUUUCUCUGGGAUGGCAUAAACAACAUAUCUGCAAUAACUUGGUGGAAAGGAAUGUGCGGAUUUUCGGCAUUAAGUAAAGUUGCCGUUAGAAUUCUUACAGCACCUUGCACUUCCGCGGCUGUAGAGCGUUCAUUUAGUGCUCACAGCAAUAUACACAAUAAAAAGCGAAAUAGACUCAAAACAGAAAGAGCAGAAAAAUUAACAUUUUUGACAUACAAUUGGAACUUGUUGCACAAACAUGUGGAAGAUUCCAGUGAUAAUGCUGAAGAUUGCAUGACUGAGUUACCGUCAUCAACGUUUAGUACACCGCGCGCUGCUAGCCCUCAGCCAUCUACGUCCGGAAUUAGUAACGUUGAAUUUCUAGAUUGCGAUAGACUAUCUACUGACAGUGAUGAUGAAUUAAUUAUGAUUUUUAAAAAUAAAUGUUCUUUUUUGCAUUCAGAUUUUCAUUUUACAUCCCAACUUCAAAUACAAAUUCUCAAUAUCAAAAUAAAAUACUUUUUUUAUUUUCACCCACUAAAAUGUGUGAUAAUGGGUUAUAACCCAAACAACCCAGUUAUAACCCGAUCGGGUCAAAUGGGUUAUAACCCACUACCCAUCUCUACUCCCACACGGACACUCCUCUUGCAUAACUAUUUCAUUUUUUCUUUCUUUUCACAGGCCUAAAAUACAGAAAAAGUGGCGCAAUUUAAGAGAUACCUUUAAAAGAGAGCUUUUAUUACAGAAAAAAAAAUUAAUCGGGUCAGGUGGCUCGCAAAAAGAAGAAAUAUUUGUAUUUCGACGCACUAUCUUUUUUAGCCACUACUACAAUUCAACGCGAAUCUAGUGGGAAUAUUACAAUUGAAGUAGUGGGAAUAUUACAUUAGCUAACCAACGACUUGCCACUAUAUUGAGAAAAAAAAAACAAAUGCUCGUGAGAACACCGAUUGUGAAGAAGAAUUAUUAAAUAUUUUACAAAUGAAGAUGUGAGCUUAUCUGAAAUGAUAAUACCAAUGUUGAAAAAUCUUAACAUUGAUCAAAAACAUUACGCAAAAGUACAAAUAUUGAACAUUCUUAAUAAAGCUCGAUAUUUUGUUCCUCCACCUAUGCAACCAACUACUCAGCUAUUGUUACCUAUCUCACAAAUAAACUAUCUUCCAUCGCAAGUAGAAUUUUUACAACCUCGGUAACAAACAACAAGAUACUCAGCUCAGUCUUCUAAAACUAUAAUUGCACCAACAUCGAAUAUAAUCCUAAAAAAACCUAUAGAGCCCCAGCCAUCAACCAGUUCUCGCGCUAAUUAUUUAGAACAGUUUACAAUGUAUCUGUCGGAUUCUAAUACAUCGGAAUCGGAAGAGUUGUUAUGACCUAGGAGGAUAUUAUGAUUCACACGCUUAAAUGUGUAAAAUUUACAUGGUUAACUUGCUUUUGUAAAAUUAUUGGACACUAAGUAAAUUGAUUGAUACAAAACGUUUUUAUUUACUUACCUUAGUGCCACCGACAGCCUCUCUUCAGGAGAUAUAGCAUUUCGCCAUGACGUGUUGCUGUACUGAAGAAAAGGACCAACGUUAUGUAAAAGGUUAUCAAAAAUCGGCGGCGCGCCGCCGCCGCCGCCGCCGCCAUCUUGAUUCGGCGUGGGUCGCAUGACGCGACGCGACACGAUCUAGUCGAGUUUGUGUGUUCGGUAGAAGACAACGUAAACGCAAUUUUUCGUGUUCCUCAAAAUGGCAGCGGCAAGCGACGCCGUGGAUAAAAGUUCUUUAAAUAAGAUAAAUAUCGAAAACUUUACUGUGCGUGCGUUAUACGAUGCACGAAGGCGAAACAGUUUUGGGUGGAAACAUUUCGGAAACCUAACUUUACAAAAAGAAAAUAAAAAAAAGUGAUUGUUCUGGAGGAACAAGUGUUUUGUAAUGUUUGCUUGUCAGAAGCAAAGUCUGAAAACGUUACAAUAUCGUUCGGAUCGUAAGUGAAACAUUUAUAUUAUCAUUUUACUUAACAUUUAUAUUUAAUUACUAAUUUUAUUAAAUAGGUAUGUUUUGUGAAGUUUCUAAAUAAAGCGUGUUUUUUUUUAUUUUAUUUUUUAAACAAAACUUAAGUCUUACAGUAAAAGUGUGAGCACUGGAAACCUAAUUCGUCAUCUUCGCGAUGACCAUGGUCUACGAGAGGAAGGUAUAAGUGCUAAACAGACCAUACAAAAUUUUUUUACUACCAGACCACGAGGGCCACAACCUUCAACAUCAAGCCACCAGAAUAUUAUCAUCGGAAUCGUCAUCUAAUGACAAGUGGUACUUAGCGCGAGAUUUGGCUCUCUGGUUUUGUCGCUCAUUAAUGCCAUUUAAUUCAAUAUCAGAUGAAGGAAUGCAGGACUUUUUCAUGGUACGUACGUGUCGAAUGCAGAUAACUUAAAAUAAAGGUGUUUCUUUUAUUUAUCCAAAGAGUUGAUUUCAAUAAUUCAAGUUACUUACUAACCUACCUUUUUAGAAAUCCAAGGUAAUUGGUAACACGGCAGAUUUACCAUCUCGAUUCCCAAUAUCUGGAACAGCUUUAGACGAUGUAUUUGAAAGCUGUUUAUCACAUGUUAAGAAGACGAUUCAAUUGGAUGCUUCAUGCUGUGGAGCAAUUACCUUUGAUUUGUGGAGCGAUCAAUAUCCCAGGCAAAAUUAUAUUACUUUGACAUACCAUUAUUUGACAGAAGGUAUAUUUUCCUAUUCUUUUUUCUCUUGUUAUUCUGACAUAAUUAAUAAGCCUUGCAGCCUAAGGCUAGAGGAAAUUCGACACGGCCGUCAGGGCCGCGGUAGCAUAAUGGUCAGUGCAUUCGCCCGGAUAGCGAAGGGUGCGGAUUCGAGUCCCGUCUGCUGCCUGGUCCGUUUGGAUUUUGUUGUAGUAAACUUUUCUUUAGAUAAUUAAUUAUUUUGAAUUUUUCAACUUUUAAAUACACAAUAAAUUAUUUCCAAAGCCAGUAUAGUAGGUAGACUUCAAUGUUAUAAGGUUUUUUUUACAGAUUUUCAACUCAAGUAUUUCACGUUAUUAACGGCUUUAAUAACCGGGAAAAAAACUGGCCAAAAAAUUGGUGAUAUGAUUGCUGAUGUAAGAAAUGACUAUGGGUUGCUUGAUAAAACUAUUUUCGCUGUCACGGAUGCCGGAGCAAACGUUAAACGUGCAGUCAAUUUGGCUUCCCUCAACAGUCACCUCUGCUUGGGCCAUGGACUUCACAACUUGGUAAAUGUAGAUGGAAUAAAUUCGACCCCCCAAGUGAGGGCACUGGUUACAAAGUGCAAAAAGAUAGUAAAGAAGCUACGAUAUAGAUUACCAGAAUUAGAAGCUGAAGCUGAUAAGGAACAGUGAAAAAUGAUUAUCCUACUAGAAAAAAACAGGAGAAGAUUUGGAAAACGACGAGAGAGAUCCAAUCCUCGAUGUUAUUGUGGAAGAUUAUGAUUGGGUAGAU